CUGCUUCAAUUUAGGGAGAAUUAAACCCCUGUGUUGUGUACAAAUGCCCUAUGAUUCCUAAUUUGGGUGCAUAAAGAACAGGCAUAAGUUGGAGACCAUAUAAGCAUAUCCUCAGUCUUUAAUGCUGAAGAGUAAUUCUCAAUCUGUCUAUAACUGCAGCCUUAUUUUUUUUAUUUUAAUAGAAUAUUUACAAAUAUAUACUUCUCCUUUCUUAAAAAGAGAUUUAAAAAAAAAAUAGAGAAGUUUGACUGUCUAAUUCCAGAGCACGGAACAGAUGCCUGCUGAUAUAAAACUAGAUAAUGCAGUCACCAAAGAAUAACCAGCUCCCUGAACUGAGGGGAAGGAGAUAGGUUUCUUUUAAAUCAAAAAUGAAACUAGCACAUCUUUGCCUACUAAGUGAAUGGAACAGAGAACGGAUGAUUACAGAAGGAAAUUCCCAAAGCCUUUGCUCAGAAAUCCCGAGGAGCCCUACAAAUACAGGUUCAAAGGUUCCUUUUUCUGCCACACUUGGAAAGGAGCAGUGAGAAGAGGAGACAUCUCUCAGCAGCAGAGCCAAAUAUGAAGCCUUUGAUUCUUCUUUCAUUCCUGCUUCUGCUGAUGGCUGUGGUGCAAGGAUCAAUGACCAGCAGAAGAGGACGCUGUCUUUGCAUAGGACCAGGGAUGCCCGCUGUGCACCCAAAACGCGUUGCAAAGGUUGAAAUAUAUGGUCCAAGCAACAGCUGCGAUCACAUUGAAGUGAUAGUCACAUUGAAGGGGAAAGGGCAGAAGUGUCUGAACAACAAGUCUCCACAAGCAUGGCAGAUGAUACAGAAAUUCAUGAAAAAAUCAAACAAAGCUCAAAGAAAAUGAGUGUGCAAAACUACUCCUGGGCAUUGCUGCUGGUGGCACUUACCUGCCCUCAGGAGGGGUGAGCUCUUGACAAGUCUUUCCAACUGUGCCCUGCACUGCUGUGUUUCAGUUUGUUUGCAGCUGUGAUGUACCCACAAGGAAGUGUGGGGCAAACCCCAGAGAAGAUAAGGAAUUGUGACAUAGCUUAAGAACCUAUCUUCAUUUUGCACGUUGGCUAUCCAAUAAUAGUAUAAAUAACAAAAGAGUUUAAAGUUUCUAAUUAUUGGGGACUUAGAACUUGGCCAUGAUUUAGGAAUGAAAAAUUCUAUGUCCUCCCUUGUCUUCAAAAAUAUUUACCAGGAUAAUACUGCAGAAAACAGAUGGGUAAAUCAUUCAUAUUUUAUGACACUCCAUUAAAAUUUGUCUGACUCUGAUAUAAUAGGCUCUAAUGUAAACUAAUGAAAGCCACAUAAUGCUUUGUGUAACAUGACUUAAUAGGGACUGUCAUUCUCUAGACUAUCAGUUUGUAUAAGAAUUGUGAUGCUGGGGCACAACCUAUCAUAUAGCUGAAGUAGUAUUUACACAUUGAAUUCAAGUGGCAUUUUUCCUAAGAAAUAAAGAUACAUUUUGUGAAUUUUGUUUAUGUUUGUAAAUAAUACAUCAAAAUAAUUUUGUGACUGUAUACACAUUUUAUAAAUAAAUAGUUUUGUUGGAA